UGUGUGAAACUACUUUAAAUGUGUGUGUCCUGAUACAAAAAUUCUCGUUGUAUUUUCACGCACACAUAAACGAUGUAUUCAUGUGUUUUCGCGGCACUGAGCGUCGGUAUUUCUGUGGCGGAACUUAUUUUCAUUUGUAAUUCUUAAUAUAAAAUAGUUUUAAUUUAAGUUUACAGUUUUAUUUGUUAGAUAAUUAGUGAUAGCGUUUGUGGACUAAGUAGUGAUACUAGCGGUGGACGGGAAACGCCAAUAUUCGUGUAUGAAAUUAUGAUGGCGCGUGUUUGACUGUGUUACUGGGUGCUUUCUCGUAACAAAUUAGGACUUUGCUCAUACGAUAUUUGUACGCUGUUGAUUAUAGUUAAUAUUCCUGUUUGUGUGUUAUAAUACCUAUCUAUAACUAGUGUUGAAACAAUUAUACCUAGAAACAUCGUUGUAAGAAAAAGGAUAUUAAGUUUUCGAUGUACUGUGGUUCAAUUAUGCACCAAGGAGACCGCCAAUCUGACGAUUUGUCUUGUGCAAAUUGCAAUCACUGACGCGACGGAGCAGUAUAAAGUGGAGAAAACCAAGUGUAGCAUUUGCAAUCGACUUCCAUCGAUAAACAUUGCUUUGUCGUAGCGUUCUGCAUUGUAAUUUUCUCAUAAAUAUGAGAUUGACAUAAAAUAUUCGCUGAUUUGCCUGAUAGUAACGAUGUUUUGUUUCGUUACGUCAGAGGCAUAAAUUGGGGCUCAAAUUGAUAGAAAAGUCUCAGCAUGGAUGAGUCUGAAGAUAACUUAAGUUCUGAGGACCUAAAGUCAUGUGUAAGUCCUAUAAAUGUGAAAUCAAAGCCAAAGAAAAGGUCACUGAUUGAACGUGAACUUGAAACAAGUUUGACUGCCAGGGUGACUUCACCGGUCUCUAAUGGUGAUGGAAGCAGUACCAGCCGGUAUGGCAGAGCCCGCCGGCUUAAAACUGAUAAGGAGAUAAGUGAUGCCAAGAAAGUGACAUCUGAACUUAAGUCACCAUUAGCCGAUAAGUCACCUACUAAACAACAAUCUCAGACACAGUCACCAGUAUACAAGAUGCAUGCAUCUAAUUCACCACUGAGGACAGAGAAACCAAAAAAAGUUGGUGAAGAGACGUUUCUGGAGAAUCAAAUUGAAAGUAUUUAUCAAGAAAAUAUAUCUUUGAGUCGUUUUAGCACCGAAGAGGUGAAGGCAACUGUGCCAUCCCCAGCCAAGAAGUUCCCUAAAGUCUACAUAAGGACGGACUUGAUACAGAAGCGGGAACCUGAUGAGAACUCCAAGUUUAUUAAGAACAUGUUCUCUCUUGUCAAAAGUGCUGAAAAAUCAUCUAGUACACACUUAAACAAUAUAUUGGAACGAUCUUCAGAGAGAUACAGCCUCAGUAAUACCAAACAACAAAAUGGAUAUAUAGACAAUUCUUCUGUAGUCAAAACUCUGGACUUUGAUAGUAAGAAGAAGAAGAAAGAUAGCAAGGAUGUCAAGGUUCCGUCUAAGAGUGAAUUGUUUGAGCUGGAAGCUAAAUGUGCUUAUCAAGUUGGAGAUUUGGCUUGGGCUAGAAUGGGUACCUAUCCCUUCUGGCCAUCUAUAGUUACCAGAGACCCCUCAAAUGGAGUUUUUGUUAAAAAGAAGUUAUUCGGACGCAUAGAACGUGAUGUCAUUCACGUGACAUUUUUCGGGGACAACGGACGUCGCGGCUGGAUCGUCGACACUAUGCUCCGGAAGUACCUUGGACAACUCGAGUUUGAGAACACUAGGGAUAACUUUACACCAGAGGAUAAGAAAAAGGACCCGAGAUUGUAUGCAGCAUACUUCGUGUCCGAGAAAAAGCAAGCCCUAUGGAAUGCAUCAGUUGAAGAAGCAGAAAUGUUGCUGAGAGAACCGAAAAGAUUAAGGAUAGACAUAUUUAACGAUAUGCUAGAAAAGUCUAGAAUAAAAGCGAAACCACCAAAGAGUGAGAAAAUCAGUAGGACAGACAGUGAUGUGUCUUUAAGUGAGAGUUUGUAUGACAGUCUAUUUUCUGAAGAUGAUGGUAAAGUAGAAAACAACGACCGAUCCAAGAACAGAACUCGUAACAAGUCGCUAGACGUGUUCGAGGUUGUUACAGCAUGUCUAGACAAUAUGGCAGCCAAGACCGGCAUCACUAAAAUCCAAAGACAGUCACACAUGGACAGAUGGCUUCAGAAAGCAAAGUCAAAAACUCCAGAAAAAACUCAAACGAAACCACAAGUGCCUUUGAAAGUAGAGGAAAAAAAAACCUCUGCAACAAAAGCUUCUAAAAGUAAGAAAAGUAUGUCUAAAGUUCCCCUGAAUAAGCCUUAUAGUUUAAGAAAGUCGAUGGCAGAAUCUCGGAAUUUACUGCCUUUUCAAAACGAGCAUGAUUACAGUAAAACACAGGAAGUCACAGAUUCGGAUUGCACAUCUACAGACACUGAGAGCUGUAAAACUGUGGCUUCUAAGGAAUCCAAAAGCUUAUUCAUAAUAUCUAAAGCUGAAAACCAGUCUGAAAACUCUAUAGACAGUGACAAAGCUAAUGAAAGAAAACAAUUAACCACUGAAGAUAGUUCUAAAGAUGUUGCAACAGUCAAUGGUUCAUGCGAUUCUUGUGAAAGUGAAGCGACGGAUGAGAAUAGUCAGGAUUAUAAUAGUAUGUCAAGUUCGGCUACAUCUGGUAAUAAUAAUACUGCACAUGUAUCUGAAAAGUCUAUUGAAAAUCAAUCUGCGCAAGAUAGCUGUGAGAGCCAAGAUACAGUCAUCAACAGGGAUCAAAUGGUAAGCCCUGUAUAUGAAGAUUCUUACAGUGAAGACACACAAGACAGUCAAAGUACAGUCUACGAAAGUGAUGAGAAUACAAACCUGGAGAAUGAAAGAGACAAAGAUGAUGAUGAUGAUGACUUAGGUGAACAGAACAUGUCUGUUGAUGAAGAGAUUGAGUCUCCUGAAGCACCUGAAAAUAGUGCGGUAGAUGCCGAACCUGAAAGUCAGACUGAAAAUAAUUCUUGCUUAAACAUGCAAGUAAUGGAUAAGGAUGCUUCUGAAGUAAGUCAAGAUGCAACAGAGAUGCUAAGUGAUGGUGCGAGCGAUGAAGAUAAUUUAACAGAUCAAGAAAAUACAGACAAAGGUGACAAUGGAAAUGAACAAACUAAUGUUUCGAAUGCAGAGUGUUUAGAUGAACUAAUGGAUGAAGAUACUAAUGAAAGUUUACCAGAGAAUUUAUUAGACAAACAAGUAGAUAGUGUUAAAGAAACUAGUAAUGAAGUAGAAAAUUCUGAUGAGAUUUCUUCAGAAGAUGCACAAGACAAUGUUGUAGAAAACGGUAGUUGCGAAAAUAGUGUUCCUAUUAUUGAUAGUAGUGAAGUAAUUACAAAAAACGAUGAUAUCGUCGAUCAUAUAUCUAAUACGUCUGUACACAAUCAGAAUAACGUUAAAGAAAUCGAUAUAUGCUCGGCAGAAGAAGUAAACAUACCGACUAUACACGAAUCUGUCAUUAAAAAUGGCUUUCACGAAGAAACCAGUCACGUUAACGGCGAUUUAGAUUGCGAUACAGCCUCAAUACAUUCUGAAGACAGUGUGACGUCAACGAAAUCUGAAAGUAAACGUAAAUUACGUUCAAAAGCUAAAGAAACUGAAGACCCCUUAGAAAAUCCUGAAUUUGUUAAGUUUCUAGAAUUAAGACAGGAUUCUAUAAUGGACGAAUAUCCAAAUUUAACACAAGCCCAAAUUGUUACCUACCUACAUAAAAUUUGGGUUUACGAAGAAAGCGUAAAAUCGGACGAUAAAAAGAACGAUGCGCUGCGAGAAUCGAAUUUAGUUAAAGGACUGAAUUCCGAACCUGUACGUAAAAGGAAUUUAAGUUUGAACAGAAAUUCAAUGCAGAAAUAUAUUUAUAGAAAGAGGAGGAAUAGAGAUAGAGAGCCUAUUAAAGAAAAUGGUAUUUAUGAUAACGAUAGUAUAGAAUCUUGUAGUACAGAUACAACGCCAGAUAGGAGUGAAUCUGAGGCAUCUAAGAACAAAACCACCAGUAGCAAUGAAAUAAUUAAGGUGACUAAUGAUGAAAAAGAUAGUAUACACGAAAUAAGUGAAGAUUCUAACAGCAUACAUGAUACUAGAAUUGAUGCUAUUGAGGUCAUUAACAACAUCAAUGAUAGUAGAAAUGAAGCAAACAAAUUAACUAAUAAUGAACAGGAAAAUACAAAUAAAACAAGUCAAGAUUCCAAUAACAUAAAGGAUACUAGUAGAGAAGGUCAUCGAGAGGAUAUUACAAAUAUAAACAGUGAGGUUACUUAUGAAAGUAGCUGUAGUAAAACUAUUGAAGUAUCGAAACAAGAUAGUCCUACCAAUGAAACAGAAAUAGCAUUAGGUUGUAAUGCUCAAAGCGUAGAAACUGAAGAACAAGGCUCGGAAGUAAAAGGAAAACAUGAUGAUAUAUCAAGUAUAGCAUUAGAAACAGACCAAAACGAACGAACCGAAGGUACAGUUAUGGACACAACAAAUGUUAUCAAACUGUCGUUCCCACAGGAACCAGAGACAAAUACCUACAAAGAAGACUUCGAUAGAGAAUCCAUAGACUCGGAGGAUAGUGAAGCACCCUUAAUAAGAUGUAAACUACGGUCAAAAACGAAAAAAGCUAUGGUUUUCCGAGAUGAUGACGUAAAAGUUAAAGAUGAAGAAUUAGACACUAUGUCCAUUAAUUCCGAAGACAGUGAAAUAUCUAUAACGAAACGUAAAAAGAAAUUCCUUCCCAAGAAAGUCGAAAAUGCUAUGGAAGACCCCGAAUUUGUCAAAUAUUUAGAGUUGCGACAAGACGCGCUAAUAGAUGAAAACCCACAGCUAACACAGGAUGAAAUCGUAGCCUAUUUGUACCAAACUUGGUUGUACGAAGAGAAUACUAAAUCGGAAAUAAAGAAAUGCGAUGAAAUCGAACAAUCUGGACUGGUUAAGGGUCUCAAAGAAAUACAGCAACCAAAGAAGAUUAAACGCAAAGUUAAAACAGAGAAAGAGAUUGACAAAGAAACCGAGGAUGACGUAAUCCCUAAAGAAAAACCAAAAAGGAAAGUCAUUAAACCGUAUUACAAUGAGGAGUUUUCAGACGUUGAAGAAGAGCUUGAAGUUUUCUCUAUAUUCAAGAAGAAACAUAAUACAGAACAAGGUGACAACCAAGAAAUGGAACAAAGUCAAGAAAUAAACAACAUUGAUGAAAUAGAACUGUACUUUGAAGAACUGACACUACCCAAACCAAAUAUCUUCAAAGGACUUAUCAGAGAAAAGGUUUGCGAGAUUUGCUACAGAUCUGGUCACUUAGUCAAAUGCAAAGGAUGCAAUGGUAUGUUCCAUGUUGACUGUGUUAAGAAAGAAAAAGUUAAAGUUGAAACUCCCAUACCGUCAAGAGGCAGGAAAAGGAAAAAGAAACCUGGACGCAAACCUAAAAACCCAGACGAUUCUGAUGAUAAAUCUCAAGAUGUAUCCGAAGAACAUAACGCAUCUAUAGAAGAAGUAUUGGAAUCGGAAUCGUACGCAGUCGACGCCGACACAUUCGAGUCACAAUUACAAGCAAAAAUGAAAGAUAUAUUACCAGAUUCGGAAAAGUACGAAUACGAUUCGUACUCGAGUGACGAUGGAAUCGAUUGGAGCGAGAUGGUACCCGGCAAAUGCGAGAUAAUCGAUGUCAAACUAAAACCUAGACACUCGAACUACGGAAUCGAUUUCUCCGACUUCAAAUGCAGAGACUGUCAAAAAUACGACACACCUGUAUGUUUUGUUUGUAAGUCAGCUGUGUCUAAGAAAGAAACGAAACGAAGGCAGAAGUGUCAUGUGGCUCAUUGUCAUAAAUAUUACCAUUUAGACUGUUUAGACCACUGGCCUCAGACGCAGUUUAAUGGAGGCGAGCCUUCGAAGAAUAACAAGAAAAUUGAUGAGUAUUUCGAAGCUUUGACAUGUCCGAGACACGUUUGUCAUACUUGUGUGUCAGAUGAUCCUCGAGGAUGCAAGACUAGGUUUAGUGGGGACAAGUUGGCUCGUUGUGUGAAGUGCCCCGCUACUUACCAUUCGUUCACGAAAUGCCUGCCCGCUGGUACGCAGAUACUGACAGCAUCGCAUAUUAUAUGCCCGAGGCAUUAUGAACACAAGCCCGGCAAAGUGCCUUGUCACGUGAACACAGGCUGGUGCUUCAUCUGUGCGUUAGGCGGGUCUCUAAUAUGCUGCGAGUACUGCCCGACGAGCUUCCACGCCGAGUGCCUUAACAUAAAGCCGCCGGAAGGUGGCUACAUGUGUGAAGAUUGCGAGACGGGACGACUGCCGCUGUAUGGAGAGAUGGUGUGGGUCAAACUUGGACAUUACAGAUGGUGGCCGGGCAUCAUCCUGCACCCUUCGGAGAUCCCGGAGAACAUUCUCGCCGCGAAGCACAACCACGGCGAGUUCGUCGUGCGCUUCUUUGGCCAGUACGAUCAUUACUGGGUCAAUAGGGGACGCGUGUUUCCCUUCCAAGAAGGUGAUUCUGGUCGUGUAUCGAGCCAGAAGUCUAAAAUAGAUGCAGCCUUCACUACAGCUAUGGAACAUGCGCAACGAGCCUGCGAAAUACUCAAAACGGCUCGACCGAACGAGGAGGAAUCUCAGGACAUAGCGCAGUCGCUCCUGCCGCCGCACUACGUGAAGCUGAAGGUGAACCGCGCGUGCGGCUCGCUGUGCGGCCGCCGCCUGGACGACCCCGAGUCCUCGCUCACGCAGUGCGACUGCGACCCCGCCGAGCCAGACCCCUGCGGGCCCUACUCGCAGUGCCUCAACAGAGUGCUCCUAACGGAAUGCGGCCCGACCUGUCGCGCGGGCGAGCGCUGCAACAACCGCGCCUUCGAGAAGCGACUCUACCCCAAACUAGUGCCUUACAGGACCCCCAGCCGGGGCUGGGGACUCAAAACGUUAGAGGAUAUCAAAGCAGGACAAUUCGUGAUCGAGUACGUUGGCGAAUUGAUCGACGAGGAAGAAUUCCGUCGCCGCAUGAGACGGAAGCACGAGAUACGAGACGAGAACUUUUACUUCUUAACGUUGGAUAAAGAGAGGAUGAUCGAUGCUGGACCCAAGGGAAACCUGGCUAGGUUUAUGAAUCAUUGCUGUGAGCCAAACUGUGAAACUCAAAAGUGGACGGUGUUGGGUGACGUACGAGUCGGGCUUUUCGCCUUGUAUGAUAUACCUGCUAACAGUGAAGUUACGUUUAACUACAACCUGGAGUGCGCCGGGAUCGAGAAGAAACGCUGCAUGUGCGGCGCCAAGCGGUGUUCCGGGUACAUCGGGGCUAAACCUAAACAGGAAGAAUCUCAAGCGAAGAAACAAAAAAUCCCCGGCAAGCGGACAUACAAAAAACGAAAGACGACCGAAGAAUCUCCAUCGACGAAGAACAAGCCAAAACGUCCGAUAGGCAGACCUCCCAAACCGAGAGAACUAACGGAAAUAGAGAAAGACCUACUCAUCAUACGCAACGCCACCAACGGGCUCUCAAGCGACGAAUCCUCGCGAAGCAUGAGUUCCGAAUACGAACGUAAUUUAAAACCUCUAAAACGGAAACGUGUUAGCUUUUCAACUGAAGAAAUUAUUCUGUAUGAUGGUUUAGAAUCGCCCAAUGUUAAAAAGUUAAAAUUGGAGGACAAAGAUGUGGGCGACUGAAACUGUGCGACGGUAUGUUUGGCGGUGUAUAGGGAACUUUGUUUGUUGCACAGUGUGUUGUAAUGAGGGCGGUAACGUCAUAAUUUGAUAACGCGGACCACCGUGUACCGUGUCUGUUGUUUUAUCAGAUCACUCCCGAUCAAUUCAAAUGAACAGUCAUCUGUUGAUUAAAACAGAACUGGUUUCACUGUCUCAGUAAAUAUGAAACCAUGACACUUAAAACUAGUGGUAUAAAGUCGAAAUUGUCAGUUUGUAUAUGUCUGUCACAUCACGCCACUUAGACCAAAGUUAUAUUGAUAUGAUACCUACCUUGGUAAUUGAUAUGUUGGAUUCAAAUAGGCCAUAAACGUCUGAUACCGCGUGCAAUAGCUAGUAAAAACGGUUUAAUAAAA